UUUUAUCAAUAUUUUGACGUUUCAUAUAUAUAUUAUUCAUAUUCAUAUAUAUAUAUAUAAUGACCUUUUCAUAUCGUUAAGUGAAUUUCUUCACGAUUAGUCCGAAGUUGCGAUUAUUUCUUGCCUUAAUUGCGACAGUACAAUUACGAAAAGAACCCUGUACAAAAAUUGACUUCUUCAGCUCCUUCUUCUGUCUCUAGACUGAAAAUGUUUGCCAGUUCACGUAAAAAAGUGACAAGGCGUUCCUGUCACUUUUCUAUGUCAUUUUCGGUGUCAUUGAUUGGGUUAUCAAGGAAUGGCGACCAUAGGAAUCAACGGAUUUGGCAGGAUUGGUCGGAUGUGCUUGCGAGCUUGUAUUGAAAAUGAGUUGGACGUGAGGCACAUAAACGACCCAUUCGUGCCAUCCGAUUACAUGGUGUACCUCUUCAAGUACGAUUCAACCCAUGGUCGUUUUCCUGGUGACAUAGAAUGCGACGAUGGGGCCUUAGUGAUAGGGGGACCGGAAGGGAAGAAGAUAACAACCUCCCAGGAAAAGGAUCCCUCGAAGAUAAGAUGGAAGGAUGCUGGAGUGGUCUUCGUGAUAGAGGCGACAGGUGUCUUCACCACCUUGGAAAAAGCCAGUCUGCACAUAGAUGGAGGCGCCAAAAGGGUUGUGAUUACAGCGCCCUCGGUGGACGCUCCGAUGUACGUCUUCGGGGUCAAUCACAAAUGCUACAAAUCAUCAAAGAAUGCCGUUGUGUCGGCAGCUUCUUGUACAACUAAUUGUGCAGCUCCUCUCGUCAAAGUGAUGCACGACAAUUUCGAAGUCAUCGAGGCGAUGAUCACUUCCGUGCAUGCCAUAACAGCUACUCAGAAGACGUUAGAUGGUCCUACUGGAAAGUUAUGGCGGGAUGGUAGGGGAUGCAGCCAAAACAUCAUACCAACAUCGACCGGCGCAGCAAAGGCACUUUGCAAAGUAAUUCCAGAAAUGAAGGACAAAAUCUCUGCAAUCGCCUUUCGUGUACCUGUUGCGAAUGUCUCACUCUGUGACGUCACCUUCAGAGUUCAAAAACCAACAACAUAUGAAGAGGUAAAAACGGCAAUGAGAGAAGCUUCUGAAAAAGGUGCGUUAAAAGACAUACUGGCAUAUACCGAAGAUGACUGUGUGUCUUCGGAUUUCAAUCAUACAACGUACUCUUGUAUUUUCGACGCAAAAGCUGGAAUACCGCAAACCAGUACUUUCAUCAAAGUUGUCGCUUGGUAUGACAAUGAAUACGGUUAUUCUCACCGAAUCACAGAUCUUAUCCAGCAUAUGUAUAAAGUUGACCAGGGUCAAGUGGAUGACACCGAAGAUAAUGACGAUGAGUGAAGAUGAAUAAUUAGAUUUUACAGUGAUAUUUUUGUACAUAAACUUCCUUUUUUGUACUGCU